UUGCUCUUGCGCUCCAUUUAUUUAUUCACAUUCUGUUCUUCGCCUUUUAUUUAUACAAAAACGAUAAAGUGUCUUUUAUUGAUUUGAAAGCCGCGAACGUGAACGCAACUGGCGACGGAUUUGUUAAUUGGAAGCGUUAAUCAAUCAACGCUAUAUCACUCACUGCCCACACAAAUAACAACAACAGUCGUCGUCUGUUGCUUUUCGUGGUCGUCGUGGUGUUAUCACAAAUUUCGCGCGUGUUUUUUUCAUACAUACAACAAAAAAAUUAAGGUUGAGAGCAUUUUUCAUACACAAGAUUAGGCAGUGUGCGCCCACCGAAGCGUUGCAGAAGCGACAUGGAUAACACCUCCACCUCGGAUAUUGUUAUUAUCAAUGGCAACUCGCAUCCGGAUCUCGCCAAUAUGGUGGCCGAGCGGAUGGGCCUCAAGAAUGGCGGUUGCUCGGUCUUCCACAAAUCGAAUCGCGAGACCAUCGUUGAGAUCAGCGACUCGGUGCGCGGCAAGGACAUUUACAUCAUACAAACUGGCACCAAAGAUGCCAACAACAAUAUUAUGGAACUGCUGAUUAUGGCUUAUGCUUGCAAGACUUCGUCGGCUCGUUCCAUUGUUGGAGUCAUACCAUAUUUGCCCUACUCCAAGCAGUGCAAGAUGCGCAAGCGUGGCUGCAUUGUGUCCAAGCUAUUGGCCAAAAUGAUGUGCACUUCAGGACUCACUCAUAUUAUUACCAUGGACUUGCACCAGAAGGAGAUACAAGGCUUCUUCGAUAUACCCGUUGAUAAUUUGCGCGCUUCGCCAUUUCUGCUGCAGUACAUUCAAGAAAGCAUACCCGACUAUCGCAACUCAGUGAUUGUGGCACGCAAUCCUGGCGUUGCCAAGAAAGCCAACUCUUAUGCGGAACGUUUGCGUCUAGGCCUUGCCGUCAUCCACGGUGAGCAAAAGGAGGCUGAGAGCGAUGAAGUCGAUGGCAGAUACUCGCCACCACCCACCAGGGCGUAUAGCAAUAUAUUAGGAAAUUCUAUUGAAAUGUGCACACUAUCGGCGUCUAGAAACUCUACUCCACAACAUGCACCCAGCAGCAGCCGCACACGCACCACAUCGGUGUCGGUGGGCGUGCCCGAGCAUCCGGUUAAAGUCAAGCCUCCGCUUACUAUUGUGGGCGAUGUGAAUGGACGCAUUGCCAUCAUGGUGGAUGACUUGAUUGACGAUGUGGAAUCAUUUGUGGCUGCCGCUGAAAUGUUAAAGGAUAAUGGUGCCUGUAAGAUCUAUGUGCUGGCCACACAUGGUCUGCUUAGCUCGGAUGCGCCGCGUCUGCUUGAGGAGUCGGUGAUCGAUGAGAUCGUUGUCACCAAUACCAUUCCACAUGAGAUACAGAAGUUGCAGUGCAACAAGAUCAAGACGAUUGAUAUCUCGAUACUGAUUGCUGAAGCCAUACGUCGCAUACACAACAAGGAGUCCAUGUCUUAUCUGUUUCGUAAUGUCACAUUAGAGGAUUAGGCUUACACCAUCCACACACACACGCACACAGCAUCCACACACCAACCACACACACACAUUACAUUUACAGUGUUACAAAAUGUCACAAAAAAAAAGAAAAUGCCAGUGAAGUUUCUUCAUGGAAGUUGCGCCUUUA